UCACCAUCUCCAUCACCAUUUAUUCCUCCAAUCAUUCAUUCAUUCAUCCUUGAUUUCCAUUCAUCUUUCUUCAACAACUCUCCACUCUAGAUUCUAUAUGUAUCGAUCCUAGAUUCUGUCCUCGUUCAAAACCCAACAUUCAAAAUGAAUCUUUUCAUAACCAUCACCAUCAUCACACUCUUCUCACUUUCACCAUCAACCCUCUCACACGCACCCACCACUUCAACCAAUUCAACUCAUUGCCCAGUGAACUUCAACUAUGUUCUCCAUAUCCCCUGGCCCACCGACGACUGCCGCCACUCCGCCACCUCCGGCAACCCCACAACCCCCGUCACCAACUCUACCGCCUGCUGUCAAACCCUCCUCAGCGUCUUCGGAAUCAGUUUAGCUCACCACCUCAAAACCACAUCGUACUUCAACCUCCCUGAUCUCGCCACAUCCACAGCUUGUCUCACUGAUUUUCAAUCAAAACUCAACAUUUUAAAACUACCCAUCAAUCUCGCAACCUUCUGUUUUGACCCGGUUCAGUUUGUCAUUUCAUCGAACACCUGUGCUGCAAUCCGGACUGUGAAAGAUUGGCGCCAAAAAUUGGGGAAAAGUACUCUGCUUGAUUCGUCGUGUAGGAAUGAUCUUACGGAUCUUACUGCUUGUGCGAAUUGUGUUGAUGCUGGGUUAAGGGUUCAUCGGCAAUUGCUUGCUUUAGAUGGUAAUUUUUCGCAUUCGAUUGAUUGUUUUUACUUUGUUGUACUUUAUGCCGCUGGGAUUGUGAAUCGACUCGGGCCCGAAAGCGAUGGGGCUGUUUCGUGUCCGUUUGGGAUCAAUGCUGUACCCAAAUUGCAUAAAAAUGGUAGUAAUUUGUUUUGGAGAUUUGGAUUGAUUGGAGGGGUUGUUGGUGUUGUGGUGGUUUCUUGUUUUGUGGGGUUAUAUAUUUGGUGGGAGAGAAUUCGAAAGAGGGAAAGCGGGAAAAUUGGCGAAUCGGGUGUGGGUGAGUUUGGGUCGGGUCGGGUGAGAAGGCGGCCGAAUACAGGGUCUAUAUGGUUUAAGAUUCAAGAGCUUGAAAAGGCGACGGAUAACUUCUCACCGAAGAAUUUCGUUGGUAGAGGUGGAUUCGGGGUUGUUUACAAGGGUGUGUUGCCGGAUGGGUCGGUGGUUGCGGUUAAGAAGAUCGUAGAGUCAGAGUUUGAAGGUAAUGAUGAUUUUUGUAAUGAAGUUGAGAUCAUUAGUAAUUUGAGGCAUAGGAAUCUUGUUUCACUUAGAGGGUGUUGUAUUCAUGGUGAAGAUGAGGAUUAUGAGAGGAAAGAUGAUCAAAGGUACCUUGUUUAUGAGUAUAUGUCAAAUGGGAAUCUUGAUGAUCAUUUGUUUCCGUCGAUGAGUCGAUUACCGCCAUUGACAUGGCCUCAAAGGAAGAACAUAAUCCUAGAUGUAGCAAAGGGGUUAGCUUACCUUCACUAUGGUGUAAAACCGGCUAUAUAUCAUAGAGAUAUCAAGGCUACAAAUAUACUUCUUGAUGCAAAUAUGAGAGCUAGAGUGGCAGAUUUCGGGUUAGCAAAGCAAAGUAGAGAUGGUCAAUCUCAUCUUACUACUAGAGUAGCCGGGACCCACGGCUAUCUAGCCCCUGAAUACGCAUUGUAUGGUCAACUUACUGAAAAAAGUGAUGUUUAUAGUUUUGGUGUCGUGAUUUUAGAGAUUAUGUGUGGAAGAAAAGCUCUUGACUUAUCCUGCAACAAUUCGCCUCGCAGAUUCUUGAUUACCGAUUGGGCGUGGUUGCUUAUAAAAGAUGGUAAUGUAGGACAAGUCUUGGAUCCUUGUUUAUUAGGACAUGGUGCAAGUAAUGAGGCUAUGAACCCUAAAGGAAUAAUGGAAAGAUUUGUGCUUGUGGGGAUUUUGUGUGCUCAUGUUAUGGUGGUUUUAAGGCCUACAAUCAUGGAUGCAAUAAAGAUGUUAGAAGGUGACAUUGAAGUGCCUGCAAUUCCUGAUAGACCAACACCUCUAGGGCACCCUACAUUCACAGGAGAUAUAGUUUAAGAUAUAGUUUGACAAAUGUUUGUUUUUUUUUCCCUCAGACCUACGCCUUUUUGGUGUGACGAAUUAUUUCUUGCUGACUGACUUUUUUGUACAUCUAUUCCAAGGGAAUUGGAUAUAUAAGGAAUGUUGUCACAUGUAGUUAGUUAGUGGGGCUGAGGAAUGUCAAGUGUCACAUGGGUAGUUUGUGUGUUAUACAACUUAGAACCAAUAAUGCAUAGUGGGUUGUGUAUCACAUGUUAGUAGGUGUUAUACAAAAUCUUUUAUGGCUUGA